GCAUUUCAUGUGCGAGGCCCUUAAAGAGUUCGAUGGAGUUGAAAGUGCAUCUGAUAUGCUGAAGCAGGAAAAGUGGGAAAAAAUUGGAGUCAUAUUUAAUUUCAUCAAGAAAUUGGGAAAGAUUAUUUAAUGAUACUGGGCUCGCGAGUGCGAGUUAUUUCUACCUAUACAUAUAUACAGGCAACCCACACCACUGUCUUUGCGUCAAAUAACCUCAAAGCCAUUGAGUAAGUUGACGACGGGUGUCCAUGAGACACAAAAAAAACUUAACGCUUGAUAUCUCGGUUCGCGGGGCAGAGCGACACUUUUUUCUGCCAGAUUUGUUUGUUUCGAAUAAAAACGCGUCGAAUGAGAUUAGUUUCGGAUAAUAAUUGGACGUGAAGUUAUGCUCAAGUUUCGGAAAUUGUCUCAAUUGAAGGAACGAAGAGAACGAACGUUGAAUGUACGUCUUCCUCAUUUAAUAAAGGAUAGAAAAGAUGUAGAGCAUUUAUUUGUUGGUAAUUUUCAUGUAAAAUUACCACGACAGUCUAGUAGAUGGUGCCAUGUUGUCUUUCCUACUGUGGAGGAGAAGAUUAAUAACUAUAAACUUGCAAAGGGUAAAACAGUUAAUGACAAGCGAAUUGUUAUUCAACCGCUAUAUGAACUUGUACUCAGAGAAAAAACCAACAAAAUAAAAAAAAUUUUUAUACCUGAAAUCAAAUCAGAUGUUAAUGUGACACAAACAAUAUUUGUCUCAAACAUAGUAAAUGGCACAAAGUUACACGAAGUAAGAGGUGCCCUUCCUGGAUGUACUCGUGUUACUUUAUUAAAAUCUUACAACAAAGACUUUAGGAGUGCAAUAGUUAAAAUGGAAAAUAUUCAAAUAGCAGCAAGAUAUUUAAAAGAAAAGCACAGAUGGCCAAUUUUAAAAGGACACAAAGUAUGCAUGAAACCAGAUACAAGAGUGAAACGCAAGAAAAAAAUUUCUACAAGUAUUCUAAAAAUUCAUAAUGAGAAUGUAACAGAAAAAUCCAUGUCCAGAGAGAAUUUAGAUUGUACAGAAACUGACAAUGGCAUUAAUAAAGUAAUUAUUAAUUAAUUACUAUCAAA